AUGCCUCCUUUAGACUCAACUCCGAAACGAAGCAACAACAGUAAUGCAGCUCAUCGUCUCGUCGACCACUUGUCUCCAGUCCAUAUGCAUCACAACAAGUCAGCAUCAAAACGAGGUCGACGUUCAAGUGGAGUACAGCAACAUCAUGGUCUUAAAGGUUCUCCUGCUAGAGUCAGACCUGAUCUAGCAUCAAAUGGCGCUGCAUCUCCGUUGGGUAAAACUCCUCGUAAAUCAACGAAAUUGUCAAGAGAUGGCAGUGGUACUCCCAAUCGCAACAUGAUCAGGACUAGAGAUACUUUGCCAACUGAUAUGAAACAGUUGCUAAAGACUCAGGUUGUGGUGGGUGGUAAACGACCCAAAGAAGGAAAUCACCGUUUUAUACCCAAUCGAGAUGCAAUGGACAUGGCCUCAUCACAACUCAAUCUCAGCCGAAAAGAAAACCCAGAUAAACCAUGCUACCUCGACCCAGCUCACUUGGCCUACCAAGAAGAAAUCGCAAAAGCUUGUGGACUGGCACUAGACAAGCGUAUAUUAUCAUUUGCAAUGGAACCACCAGCAGCAUCCAGAGACGACUUACGUACACAAUGGUCUCGACCACUCCGUCCCAAUACAGCCGCAAAAAGACGUAUAGCAACAGUCCCUGAUCGCGUACUCGAUGCCCCUGGAAUGGUGGACGACUAUUAUCUCAACCUGCUAGACUGGAGUAGUCAAAAUGUAUUAGCCGUAGGACUUGACAAGACGGUAUAUCUCUGGAAUGCAAAAUCAGGCAAUGUAGAAGAAUUGUGCUCUUUAACUGGUGAAGACGAUUAUAUUGCUUCGCUAUCAUGGGUGCAAGAUGGCUCGUAUCUAGCUAUAGGCACUCAUGAAGGAUCAACACAAAUAUGGGACGUUGAGGCUGGCAAUAUGAUACGCAAUAUGAGAGGUCAUACUUCACGAGUUGGAGUGAUGUCCUGGGAUCGAUAUAUCUUGUCAUCUGGUGCUCGAGAUGGAAGUAUUUGGAAUCAUGAUGUCCGAAUAGCCAAUCAUAAAGUUGCUGAAAUGAUUAAUCAUACCGGUGAAGUCUGUGGAUUGCAAUGGCGUGCUGAUGGUGCCUUUCUGGCUUCGGGGGGAAAUGACAAUCUUCUCAAUAUAUGGGAUGCUCGUAGCUCUAUACCCCGAUUCACGAAGAGCAAUCAUACAGCUGCAGUCAAGGCUAUUGCAUGGUGCCCUUGGCAAAUCAAUGUGUUGGCGUCUGGUGGUGGCACCAACGACCGUCAUAUACACUUUUGGAACUCUUCUACGGCAGCGCGUCUAUCAUCAGUCGACACUGGAUCUCAAGUAACGUCGAUACGGUGGUCGUUAGAAUACAAAGAGUUUGUAUCAUCGCAUGGCUUCCCACACAACCAGAUCUCGGUCUGGGCAUACCCAUCACUUGGUAAAAUAGUAGAUUUGCCUGGCCACGAUACUCGCGUACUUCAUACCGCCCUAUCACCAGAUGGACAAACACUGGCUACCGGAGCAGCAGAUGAGAAUCUCAAAUUCUGGAAGGUGUUUGAAAGCAAAAAGAGUCUAGGAGUUGCUGCCGGUACUGGUGCUCCAGGUGGAUUGGUUGGAUCAGGCAAGGAUGAGAAUGACUUCAGUGAAUUGGCACGAGAAGUCAAGAAGAUGAAUCUACGAUGA